UCUCAAGCACAGCCAGCGACAGUGAUCAUCAAGCAAGGAGCAGAAAAGUUCCCAAAUACAAAAUAUAACGUUAAAAUACUCGUGUACUACGAUUACGUGAUCGGGAUUUAAGUAAACGUGAUCGCGUCUAGUGUGAACGUUAACAGUGAAAUAUUUUGAGGAAAAUUAUUCUGUUGUUUAUAUAAUAACCCACAGCGGGCCAAGCAACAAAAGCCAAAAACCAAGAAAGCACAUAGCAAAAGAAAUAUUUAAGCAGAAUUAUAAAAGAAAAAUAGAAAAAUAUUCAUUUCUGGUUUGGUUUUUUCAGUCGAAACAAAUUGAGAAAUUCUCUAUUGUGUGAGUGUGUGUGUGUGCGUUGCUGCUCUACUCUACUCUUAGUGUGCGUGUCGGUGGGCCGCUAUAGUCGCUAUAUAGUUCAACAAAAUUUAGUGAGCGAGCACCGAACCAAGUGAAAGUGACCCCAAAGCAAAAACACACAAAAGAAUCAAGAAUCAAGAAUCAAACAAGAAGCAACAACAAAAAAUCAACACCUAAACAAAAUACAUAAUAUACUUAACAACACAAAAAGUGAGAAAUCGCCCAAAUUAACAAACAUGUCGGACAUUGAGGAUGUUUUCGGUGCCUCCGAGGAGCAGCAGGAGGAGCAGACCAAAGCUGCUGUCACCGAACCGGAUGCGGAGAGCAAAACCAGCGUUGUGACCGAGAGAACCGAGGAAGUGAUACCCGGCGAGAGCGAGAAAAUGGUCACCGAGACCAUCGAUGAGGAUGGCGAUGUUGUCGAGGAGACCACCGAAGUAACCCGCAAGACCGUCAAGCGUACCAUGAAAAUAACUGAGACUUCGUCCACAACAAAGACAACCACGCUCACCACGCCGGCCAAGCUGUAUGGCAAGGACUUGAGCGAAUACGAUGAUGUGGAUGUGGAGAGCCUGUUGGCGCAACUCUCGCCCGAAGAGAUAACCAUACUGGCCAAAGAGGUUGAUCCCGAUGACAACUUCCUGCCACCAGAUCAGCGCUGUGGCUAUGAGUGCACCAAGGAAGCCACCGGGCCGCUGAAUCGCAAACAGCUCAUUGAGCACAUCAACAAGCAGGCCAUCGAAACGCCCGAUCAACCGGAAUUCGAACCCUAUGUGCAGGGCAAGGUGCGUGGCAAGAAGUGGGUGCCACCGCCACGAGAUGCGCGUGAAAUUGAGGCAGAGGAACAGAUCGCCAUCGAUAUGGGCGAGGAGUAUGAGCAUGCGUUGAACGAUGCCACGCAGGAGGAGAUCAUUGAUUUGGCUGCCAUUCUCGGCUUCCACUCGAUGAUGAACCAGGAUCAGUACCAUGCCUCACUACUCAACAAGGGCCAGCCGGUUGGCUUGGGCUGGGAUGGCAUUACAAAGUCCACACAGCAGAAGCUGUUCCCCAGUGAUCCGCCCAACAGCACAGACGUUGAGGAGUCGAUUAAGCGUGUCAAGGACGACGACAACAAACUGAUUGACCUAAACUUGAAUAACAUUAAGAAUAUUUCGGAUGAGAAGCUCGAACAAUUGUUUGCCGCACUGCCUCAGAAUGAACAUUUGGAAGUUCUAUCGCUGACAAACGUCGGCCUGACCGAUAAGACAGCUCUCCUGCUCGCCGAAGCGAUCGAGAAAAGCAAAACCCUGAGAGUAUUAAAUGUUGAAACGAACUUUAUCAGUCCGCCCGUAAUUGUCAGGCUGGUGCAAGCCCUGCUCAAGUGUCACACCAUCGAGGAGUUCAGGGCCUCCAAUCAGCGAUCUGCGGUGCUCGGCAACAAGAUUGAAAUGGAGAUCACCAAUUUGGUGGAGAAGAACUCAUCGCUUCUGCGACUUGGCUUGCAUCUGGAGUUCAACGAUGCCCGUCACCGUGUCGCCGCCCAUCUGCAGCGCAACAUCGACAGAAUCGUUCGCGUGCAAAAAUUGAAACCGAAUUUGCCGAAAUUGAUAUUGCCUAGCAACGAGGAGAUUGAACGUGAGCUGGGCCGAUCGUGUUAUGGAUCGGCCACGCCCUCGCCGUCACCAUCGCCAUCCCCAUCGCCACAGCCACCGGCGGACUAUGAUGUGGAGGUCGAUCCCGACAACAUGGUCAUACGCGGUGGCGGCGAUGCCUACGAUCCAGAGAUCGAUCCCGAUAACAUGGUGGUGCCGGGCAGUCGUGCCGUAACGCCCAACUACGACGACGAGGGCGUCUUUCAAGCGCACACUAAGAAAAGAUCUUGAGUUACGCCUGCAGUUCAGAUUUUUCAAUAACCUGCAAAGAAAAUCAACAAGAAUUCAAUAGGAGCGAAAUCGCAGAUAAAAAACAAAAGAGAAUUUAAAACUAAAUCAAAAGAAACAAUCAAAGCAACUAAAAACUAAACAAACAUUUUUAAAGAGUUUUGUAAUUUUAAAAAAAGAAGAAAACAAUCAAAAGAUAAUUAAAGUUGAAAAGUGUAAAAAAAAUAUAUAUAAAAUCGAACAAAAAGCAAAAAAACACAAUAAGAAACAGCAGCUGCAAAUGCUCGCGACAAAAAAAUAUAUAUAUAUAUGUUAGAGAGACCAAGAAGUAAAUAAUAUAAACUAUAUACACAUACAUAUACACAUAUACUACAUAUUUAUAAUGCGCAGAACGAACCAUAUAUAUGUAAAUAUAUCUACGAUAUGAAAGAGGAAGGCAAUGAAAGAAAAUACUAUAUAGAGAGAAGUCACAUACAUAUAUUUUGAAACUGAUUUACGACAAAAGUCUCACAGCAAACAAAACAAAAUAAAAAGCAAACUCUUUAGGCGUAAUGUGUAUAAUUUUGUCUAAUUAAUUAACACACAGUACGUGUGAAACGCCUGAAUCAGCGUAAAUAAAAAGACACAAUCAAGCAACAACAAGAGCAACAACAACAAUAAGAACAACAUCAACAAUUUGUGUGUCUCUGUGUGUGUUUGUUUCUAUUGUCCAACUUUCUACUAAUUACCAACAAACCAGCAACACCACCAACAACAACAACAACAACAUCAAGAACAACACCAAUUGAAGAAACAACAACUGCAACAAGAUUCUACAACAAAACCAGCUAUGUGAUUUCCCCCCUCCUCUUGUAAAACAACAACAAUUGCAACAACAACACCGAAAACAACAACAACAACAACAUUGAACCCAGACCCAGACUACACCCACCAAAAAAAAAAAAAAAACAACCAACCAACCAACUAGCCAACCAGCCGCAAACUAACACCGAAGAAUGAUGUUAACAUGCAUUGGUCGCCAGCGUCGUAUGGGACAUCUGAGCAGGAAUUAUACCAUUGGCGUUUGGCAAUAGGCACCGAGACGUUCUGGAGCAUCUGGGCUGACUAUUACCAUAUACUCAUCUAUGUAUACAUCCUAUACAUGCUUAUAUGAAUUAUGUAGCUUAUACAUAUAUAUGUACGUCGUCAUCGUCGUUGUUGUUGUUGUUGAGACGCCCUCGCCCUCAGCUGGUUGCUCAUCUUUUGUUCAAUGUUUGUUGCGUUCGAUCAUUUUACUUUAAUUUAUUUUUACAAAAAUUCUUUUAUUUUUUUUGGGCCACAAUUUAUGGGCUCUGUGUUCGGUUAUCAUAAGCCUAAUCAUUUGUUUGUUAUUCGAGUUAUGCAAAUGUUUGUUGUCACACACACACACACACAGAUAAACACUUAAAAAUUAAAUUCAUGUUAUCUCAAUACGAUACACAAACAAUUGGCAUUACAACAAUAACCAAAAA